AUGGGGAUAAUUGAUCAGAUCAAGGACACAACGUCCCAAGCGGUGUUUUCUCCUGGUACUCUGCUAUCUGGACGCGGCGGGCUGCACAUGGCUCAGGUCAUCCUGUCUCUGGUCACCUUUCUCCUGUCUGCCUUCAGAGGAGGGAGCAGCCAUACCUACUGGAGCUACGCCAUGUUCACCUGGGCCUUCUGCCCCAUCAUGACCCUCAUCAUCACCAUCAUCGAAAUGUUCAAACUCGAUGUCCCACUCAACAUGUUUUGCAUGGACUGGUCUGACUUCACCACGGGCAUGGCCAUGUCCUCCACGCUCAUGACUGUCUCCGUCGCCAUCUACUACGCCAACUUCUACCUCUGCUGGACAUGUGUGUACGGAUGGAUAGUGAGUGGGUUUGCUUUUUUGUGCGGUUUUGUUUACGCCCUUGAAGUGUUGAAGGACAAAAUCCUGGACAAGAAGAAGGGGACCUACCUGGCCGCUCUGCCUGGAUUCUUCAAAGUCUCGGAGGCCUUUGUGAGCUGCAUAAUAUUCAUAUCACUGACGGGCUACAGCAACAGUCCGGCUCUGAUCUUCUGCGUUGUAGCGUACAUCAUUCCCUUCCCCAUCCUCCCACUCAUCAUAGCCACCAACAUCCUGAAGAAGCUGAAGAAGUGUUUGCCUUUUAACUUGGACAGGUUUGUGUUUAUAUUCCUGGUGAUUUCCGUUGUGCUGUACAUCUUCGCUGCUGUAGUGUUGCCUGUUUUUAUGUUCAGGGACAACCCUCGUCCCAGUGACUGUCCGCCCAGCUCCUGCAUCUGGGCCAUUCAGUUCAUGGUUGCAUUCAUGACCUAUGUGAAUCUCACACUCUUCACAGUGGACCUCAUUUUUACCUUGCUGGGAAUCUGUGGCUUCAAACGCACAUAA